AUGAGUCUGCUGACGGCGCUGCAUUCGACAUUCGUCGGCUUCACUGCCGCGAGCGCCUCGGGUGUCCGCGCGACGCUGCCCCUCGCAAUCAUGGCCUUCGCGAAACAUCUCGGCCUCGUCGACCUCGCACCAGGAUACGAGUGGCUCGAGUCCAGCACGGCGAGUUUCGCGAUUCCGCUCGCGCUCGUCGCAGAGCUGCAGGCUUCUUUGCCAUUGCAGCACCAGCGGGUGCCUUUGGCGGUGCUAUGGCGGUGGAGGGGCGCGCGCUCCAAGCCAUUGGCGAUGCGACGGCGUCCGAGGGCCUCUUUGUCGCGCACUGCCUGGGCGUGCUGUUGGCGCUCGUCAUACACGCCGCAAAGUCGGCCGCGAGGGCUGUCGCUACCGCCGCGUGCUGUGGAACGGCCAACUGCUGCGUUUCGCUCUGCGAGGACAUCCUCGUCGUCGUGCUACUGCUGCUGGCACUGGCGUUUGCGCUGGCGGCCAUCUUCAGCGCGGCCAUGGCUCUGUUUGGCGUGCUCUCUUCGCUGUACUACCUGGUUUGUGGCCACGCUGACAAGCAUCGGCAGAAAGAGCAGCAACAACACCCAGAGCCGGGCUCGUGGCGGUACCAACAGGUGAGGGAGGGCAAAGGUUCCGUGCUUCCCGCUGCGCUGGACAUCGCCAAGGACAAGACCCGCGCACUAAAACGCUCUUUUGGAAGUGGGACGCCCUUGCUAUGAGUCGGUACAUUAUGUGUGUCUGCGGGACUCAUGAUCUCCCGCAGCGGCAGUAAACAAGUGAUAUUCUCGGCGAUGCCGAUUCUCCACAAA